AUGUCUGAGGUGCUGACAGUAGAUGCCAUUUUAUUUGGACUUCUGGUUUUCUCUGGGAUCUUGGGAAACAUUCUGGUUAUCUAUGUGGUCUUUGAGUCGGCCACAGAGAGCUCGUCCCGCCAUCUUCCUCCCUCCGACACCAUCCUGGUGAACCUCUCUCUCGCCAACCUCCUGACGUCCCUCUUUCGCACCGUGCCCAUUUUCAUCUCUGACCUGGGCCUGGAGGUGUCUCUGACACCCGGCUGGUGCCGCCUCUUCAUGCUGCUGUGGGUGUGGUGGCGUGCGGUGGGCUGCUGGGUCACCCUGGCCCUCAGCGCCUUCCACUGCGUCAAGCUGAGGCGGCAGAGGAUGAUGGUGGGGCCCCUGGCCCAGCAGCGGGAGCGCCGGCAGGUGUGGCUGGCCCUGGCGCUGGCGUGGGUUGUCAACCUGGCCUUCUCGCUGCCAGCGCUGGUCUACACCACACACGUGCACGGCAACACCACCGUGGAGCUGAUGGUGAUCAGCUGUACCACGCGGCCACUGCUGGGCUGCGUCUGGGAGUUCCCCAGCAUGGAGCAGGGCUCAGCCUUCGCCUCUACCUCGCUGGCGCUCAACGAGUUGGCGCCGCUUGUGCUCAUGAUGGGCACCAACCUGGCAACCCUGCACACGCUUGCACGACACAUCCGCUCCGUCACGGCCGGGGGGGGCAACGAGCAGCAGCAAGAGGAGCUGAGGAGGCACGUGGCCAGCGAGCGCAAGGCGGGUCACGUGAUCAUGGCGCUGGUGUCACUGUUUGUGGUGUGUUGGGCGCUGCAGGUGGCGGCUGUGACCUACUACAACCACGACGGCGGGCAUCAUGCCGAGGGGCUGCUCACCGUCUCGCACUUCUCCGCCUCGCUGUUUGUGGGGUUCAGCCCCAUGGUGGUGGCCCUGGGGCACGGCAAGCUGAGGAGGAGGAUUGUGGGAAUGGUUCAGGGAUGGGUAGACAGGGCCAAAUGCUCACGCGGCGGAGCAGAGGAGGAGCUAGUAUCAGAGAUAGGCAUCAGUAAACAGACAGAGCUGAGUGAAGGGCAGAGAGAGAAAGGCAUCAUAAAAGUGGAGGUGAGAGGUAAAACCUAG